CACAAGCGCUAGCGCCCAAACGAAGUCGGCCAAGCGAAGACACCAUCUUGGCACGAGACUUGCGGCGCCCACCAACCUCGCCAGCCGCCCAUGGGGAUCGCCGGAGGGUGGAGACAGUAGGUGGAGGCGAGAGGAGGAGCUCCGUCGCGGUGUAGAUUAGGAGGAUUGAGAAUUUUAGAUUAGGAGGGGCGAGAUGUCGGUGCGGAUCAAGGCGGUGGUGGACAGGUUCGUGAAGGAGCUGCAGGAGGCGCUGGACGCGGACAUCCAGGACCGGAUCAUGAAGGAGCGGGAGAUGCAGAGCUACAUCGAGGAGCGCGAGCGCGAGGUCGCCGAGAGGGAGGCCGCCUGGAAGGCAGAGCUCUCCCGCCGCGAGGCCGAGAUCGCGCGGCAGGAGGCGAGGCUGAAGAUGGAGAAGGAGAACCUGGAGAAGGAAAAGAGCGUCCUCAUGGGAACCGCUUCCAAUCAAGACAACCAAGACGGAGCCCUCGAGAUCACAGUUAGCGGCGAGAAGUACAGGUGCCUUCGCUUCUCCAAGGCAAAGAAAUGAGGGAUGAACUUGGCUGUACUGGACUAGAGAUAGAUCCAUACUGAAUUACCAACGCCGAGCAGUGGUUUGAUUCAAUUUUGUUCAUUGUGUACAGGAAGUUCUGGAAAAUGUUUGUGAACACAGUAAUAAUAAAUACAUAGUGCUAGCUAGGUAAUGCGGAGGUAA